AUGGCUCCUCAGUCCCGUAUCUACUUGACGCGACACUCGCAGGCCGAGCACAACGUCGCCGACGACUACUCGAUCCCAGAUGCUCCUUUGACUCCUCUCGGCAAGCAGCAAUCUGCAAGGUUGCCCUCCUUGACUCAGGACUUGCAGUCGCGUGCUGAGGUCAUCCUCUCAUCCGGUCUCAAGCGCACCUUACAGAGCACCAAGAUCGGCUAUGCUCCUCUUAUCGAGCGACUUGGUGGCUUAGGCAAGGUCGUAUUGCUUCCUCAACUCCAGGAGUGCAAUGACUUCCCUUGCGACACCGGCUCACCCAGAGAAGUGCUCGAGCGUGAUCCCGAGCUUCAAGGUUUCGACCUCUCGCCAUUGACGCCUGACUGGACCAGCAAGCAGGGCUUCUACGCCGCCGACGAAGAGACACUUAACAAGCGUGCUCAGUGGGUUCGUCAGUACCUCCGCAGUCGACCGGAACAGGACAUUGUUGUCAUGGCCCACGGCGACAUUCUCCGUAGAAUCACUCAGCAGCCCUACCCCUGGAAGAACGCCGAAGUCCGACUCUUUCAAUUUGACACCUCUUCUGUCGACUCAGAGGAGUGCCCUCUUGUUCACGUACAGGACGUCGCCACUGGCGGUGCUGUAGCUGAGCCUACCUCGGGCGACAUUGCUGCCCAUCAUGGCGAGUCGUCGCCCGGAGCCGGCAAGAACGCCAACUCUGCUCUCCCUGCCAUUCCAAUCUCCAACUCUGGCUCCUUCUCCAACUUUGCAGCAUCUACAGCACCAGCAGCCGACACAAUUGCGAAGGAUGCAGAGCUCAAAAGAAUCGAGGAUCGUGUUCGUCACCGUCAGUCCAUACUAAUGGAGCAGACAAACGAGCUGCAAGAGCUCGAGAAGCGCUUGCAAGCAGCAGAAGCACGAAAGAAGGAGCUCGAGUCGCGCGGUGGCUUCGUGUGA